AUGCCCACCGUGACGGCCUUGUCGCCCCGCACCGCCGGCUCCACGCGGUAUAUUGUGUGUGAGGUGCAGGGCCGGCCGUGCCUCGCCCCGCGCUCGCAGCCCACAAAUUUGGCCCUCACGUUCCUCGUCAAGUUGGACCCCGCCAGCGGGCAGGAGUUUUACGUCAACGUCCUCUCAAAGGCAAAGUCGUGGGAACUGCCCGACCCAGACGCCGCCCCUGCCGAAGAGUCCAACAAAAUAGACACGGAAGAGACACCCACACCACCUGCAACUGUGGAAUGCCUGCGAACUGUGUAUAAAUUGCAGCAAUCAGAGAAGGGUGAAGAGUACGUCCCGCAAAAUUUACCAUUUGAACCGUUACAAAUCCAUUGCUGGCGUCCAGUUUACAAUGCUGCAAAAAAUCGAUUUUUGUAUAUUAACUGUGAGACCGAUGGGCAGGUAACACGUUUACCACCUAUCUGGGAUUUUUGUGAUGCCGUAAGACAGUUGUACGAUUAUUACAGUAUUGGUCCUUCUUACGUGGAUGCUCUUCAAAAUAAUAGGGGAAAAGAACAAGAACUCCUUAAUACACUUUCUAUUCAAUACGGUUCGAAACCACCUACACAAAAUGAGAUUAUGGAGAUUACAGAAAUGUACUUGAAACAAUAUGAUACAUCAAUGUUGAGUGAAAUAGAUAACCUCCUCAUGCAAUGGCGUGGAAAUGAAAUUGGACUCCUUCAGGAAUUACAAAAGGAGUACGGUGGUCGGCGACCACGUACAAUACGGGAACGAAUCCGCGCUAUUUAUGCUCAGUACCAACCAACUAAAAUUUUAUCAUGUGAAGAAUUAAUGGAUCAGUACAAGGGACGAGAAGAAGAACUUCUUGUCGCAGUACAAGAAAAGUUUGGUCCUGAGUUUAUCAAGGAAAGCGAUUCACUUGAUCAAAUUAUUCAUCGUAUACGAUGUCAGUUUUUAAGGUAUGAUACGAAACGUAGUUUUGACGUUGAUACCGUAUUAAUGAGACACAAGGGAGCUGAGUUGCAACUUCUUGAACUCCUUGUUUCUUACUACGGUCCAGAAGUUGACACAGAGGAGAUGACACAACUUGUUAAUCUUCAGAACUUAACUGUAACACAUGAAGAGGAUAAUGUCUGGGAUGAAAUAAAUUCAUUACAUGACAAUGACGAAGAGAAGAUACUUGGAGGGAAAGAAAUGGAAAUAAAAGCCAAUGAAAACGAGGCGGAAAAUAAUCUAACCUCUGAAGAAGCACAACCAAAUGAAGGAUAUAAUAGAAUUAAUUCAAAUAAUAAUUUAUAUCCUUACAAGAUUGUAGCAGAGGAGGAAUACUUCCCAGUAAUACCAUUUAUAAGUAGUGAUGCAGAAAAACAGUCAACAGGUUCCACUGUGAGUAACGAGGAACCACUUGAGACUAUGAAUAAUAAUAAUAAUAAUAAUAAUAAUAAUAAUAAUAAUAAUAAUAAUAAUAAUAAUAACAAUGAUAAGAAGGAGGUAUCAUGUAUCUCUGAACCACGGAGCGCAACACCUUUUUCAGAGUCACAAGAAGCAGAAGAAGUGUUUCUGACACCAGAAGUAGCGUUGGCCUCUGACCCGGGUCAAACAUCUAUUACACCUGUACAAGAAAAAGUAACAGUAACGCCUAAAUUAUCUGAACUUGUAUCAUCCACCCUUCUUGAGUCGCAAAAGAUUUCUUCACCAUUAUUGUUUCCAUUCUCCAAUUCAGAGUCUUUGACACGUGGACGUACGGAAAUGAUGGGGGUAGAACAGAUCUUGCGUGAGCGGGAGUUUCAAAAACAACAACAACGAAUUCUUUUUGAAGAGAAACUAUUGGAAAAAGAAUUAGACACUCACCGAAGACUUGUCGCACUCGAGACUGAAAAGCGUUGGGAAGAGGAAACAGAAAAAGUAAUGGAAGUUGCACGCUCUGCGGCAUUACAUGCAGUUCAGGAAAUAACUCGUUUACAACAAGUUCGUGAUGAAGAGUCAAGAAAUAAAGGGAAAGAUGAGGCUUUGAUUCGUCAGGAAGAACACCAUCGUCUUAUUGAGGUAGUAAACUCUGCAAACAAGGACCUUAUGGUCCAGCUUUCUCAGAUGGAGAAACAACUAAAAGAGGCAUUUUCUACUGUGGAAAACUAUUCACAAAGGAAUGAAAAACUUCAGUCUGAGAAUACACAAUUGUUAAACAAAUUUGCUGAUAUGCGACAGCAAUAUGAUUUGGAACUGCAAGGAAUGAGAAUUCACUUAGAUGACAUGCGUGUACAUGUUGCCGCAAUGAUGAGUGAACAUGAAGUGAAAACACUUCAUUUAAAGAAGCAGCAAGAAACGACAAUAUCUAAUAUGGUUCGAGAGCUAGAAUGUGAACGCGAGAAUGUCACCAAGACAAAAAUAAAGUAUGAGGAACAAAUAGCUGAAAUGGAAACCACCAUUACCAGACUUCAGCAGCAAUUGAAGAUGGUGAUGACAGAACGAGAUAAUACUGAAGCGAAAUUUAAUUCACAAACUCUCACCCUGAGGGAGCGUAUGGCAGAGAUAGAGGAACUAUACAAAUCUAUUGAGCUGAAACGGACUAAAAGAAGUGAAGCGGCAAUCCAGACUGAAGAAUUUCAAGAUAGUAUGAAAUCCCAUGAUACCCGUUUAUCUGAGAGAUCAGAACAGUCAUCGGGUCAAGUGGUAUUGUCUUCAACACACCAUAAUCAUUCUGAUACUGUCCCGUCUGCUGAAUUGAUACGCUUACAAGAAGAUUAUCGGGAUAGUCAACAGAAUAUGGCAAAUUUGUGCGCGGUGAAGGAUGAAUUAAUGGCAGAGUAUGACAAGGCCUGUUAUGUGAUUAGGGUAUUACGUCAAAGGGUUGAAAUGCUGGAAACUACUGUUGAGAAGCUUCAACUUAGGGAGUUGGCAGUUCCUGAUAUUCCACUGUGUAUAGGCGAACAAGAUGUCGCUAUGCAGAAUCUCAGGGAAGACCUCGAAAAGGCAGGAAAUCGUCUGACUCAAGCGCAGGCAGAGUCAUCAAUGCUUAAGCGUGAGAUUCGAGAUUUGCGAAGUCUGCUUGCUGUUUACAUGUCUAACUCAAAAAAACCCUAA